AACUGGAUUUUUACGUACAUGAAGCUGUUGUCGUAAUCUCAACGGGCACAUUUCCGGUAGGUCAUUUUUCCACAAUGUCGGGAAAGGACGACGAAGGAGCGAUAUCGGUAUACGCGCAGUAUGCAAGGGCUGUUUUUGCUCUCCUUUUAGACACACCUACCACUUUUAUAAAAGAAUCGGUAGACAAGAUUCGAGGUGAGAAAAAGACUGUUCCUUACUAUCACCGAAGGUUCAACAGGGUGCCUACCAUUGAUGAAUGCUACACAGAUGAUGAAUUAUGCCGAUUUGAAGCAAAUCAACAAUUCAAAAGAGACAGGCAAGUGGACAACGACAUAUUGUAUAUUCUAAGGAAACGAUGGCUACGUUGUGUACUUUCUGAUAUACAGAACAGAAACACGACAUGUAAAUCAGUGAAGGAUACAUUUGAUAAUACGCGAGAUGAAUGGAUGAUAAAAUAUGGACACUUACCCGUGUACUAUGAUGUGGUGAAUGUCUUCAUGAAGCAGAAGCACCGUUUGAUCAAUGAGAGGAGGCUAAAGGAGAAGGCUGCUGCAGAAGGCAACAUGGCAGAUGCAGGAGCAGAGUUGGUAGCAGAUUAGAAAACAGUGUUGUGAAAUAUACGGGAUCUGACAGAACAUUUAAAACAACAAGACAUGUACAAUAUAUGGUGUCCACAGAAAGUUGACAGUGAGAGUUUCCCAUGUUUUUACCAGUUGAACUCUCCAAAGUUUGUACAUAGUUUGUUAUAUAAGAGGUACUGGGUUUGUGUUUUUUCACUGUAAAGUUAGGACCCUUUACCAGGAACAGUUUAUGGAACCAGCAGAAAUUACUCAUUGUAGACCAAAUUUGUUGCUACAAUGAAGCUGACUUAAGAAUGAGAGUACCAUUUUAUGAAUGUAAAAUUAAAUGAUUUAGAAAGUGUGAAUAA